AUGGCCGCCGAUGUGGGAUCGAUGUUUCAAUAUUGGAAGAAAUUUGAUCUCCGGCGGCUGCAGAGGGAGCUAAAUUCAGUGGCGGCACAGCUGGCUGAACGACAGGAAGAGAGUGAGCACUCCCACAAGCACCUGGUGGAGCUGAGCCGUGAGUUCAAGAAAAAUGUCCCAGAGGAAGUGCGUGAGAUGGUUGCCCCUGUCCUCAAGAGUUUCCAAGCCCAGGUGGUUGCUCUGAGCCAGCGCAGCAGGGAAGCCGAGACUGCAUUUCUGGGAGUUUACAAACAGCUGAUUGAAGCCCCAGACCCAGCUCCGGUGCUGGAGGAGCACCUGGCUGAGCUGCAGAGGUCGCCCCCGGACGGAGAGGCCCCGGUCAGGGAGGUCUCGGGCCGCUGGAGGAAACGCCCGGAGUGCCUUAACGACGCCGAAGGCCCGGAGGAGGGCCCACCCACACUCCAAAGGGUGGCGUCAGCGGAGCGGCGGGCCCAUAUGAUGACCCCAAACAGCACACAGGGCCUCCCAGACGGUGACUCCCCCCUCCACAACCACCAGGGCCUGCAGGAAAGGGAAGCAGGUGACCCGGACACGAGCCUCUCUGUCAAACUGGCCCAUGCGGAGGACAAGAUCAAAGCGCUCCAGUCAUCACUGAGCGAUGCCCAGGCUGAGCUUCAGGAGCUGAAGUGUAAAUAUAAGAAGGAAAUGGAUUCCAAGGCGGAGGAGGUAGGCGUGCUCAGGACCAACCUGGAGACGGCCAACCAGAGAGCAGAUCUGGCCCAGAGGAAGGUGGACGGACUGAGGGAAGAGCUUGCCAGCACCCGCGGCUCUUCUAAAGGCGGCGGCCCUCCAGACGAGAGCCCCAGCGAGGGGAGGGUGGAGAGGCGAGAGGCCAGCCCACCCUCGCUCCUGGAGGCGGCCCUCUUCUCCAAGGACAGGGAGAUCCUCCGCUUGCUGGAGAGUGUCCAGAGGUUGCAGUUCACCCUACAGGAGGUGCAGGACUCCUCGGCGGGCCAGAUCGCCCAGCUGGAGCGCCAGCUAGCCUGCAAGGCCGAGGCCAUAGAAAGACUAGAGGCUAAACUACAGUCUCAGCUAGACUACGAGGAGAUCAAAACAGAACUCAGCAUUUUUAAAGCAAUGAAGCUGACGUCUACGAAUGGAGGCCCAUCGCAGGAAUCUACCAAAGCUUCAGAAUCUCUGUUGAUGGACAAAGAGGCCUUCCUGUCCUCCCAUAAAUGUUUGCUGGACAAAGCCAGGGUCCUACACAGUAACGAUGAAGACCAGUCCGAUGCCUCCAGUAAGGACCUGGGUCGACCUACGAGCUCAUACUCCUCCCCCCCAGGGGCGUUACCAAUGGACGGCCGGUCCUCCUCCUCCAGCCCAGGGCCACCCAAUCCCGACGGGGUGGCCGCGGCCCACGACCUCCCGCGCCCUUUCUCCGCGUCUCCCUUCUCCGGCGAGAAGCUCUCCGGGGACCAGCUCCUGCAAAAGCAGCUCCUCUCGCCGCACUUCAAGAAGGAUGGCGCCUCCCUCCUGGCCUUCCCCACUGCGCUGUUCGCUGCCAAGGCCGCCCUCGUGUCGGCCAACCCAGGCUCCUCGGGCCAGGCGGCCCUGGAGGCGGGCUUGCCCGCCGACCAAUCGGAAAGCGGCGGCGGGGGCGGCGACGAGGACCGGCUGGACACGGCGGAGAUCGCCUACCAGGUGAAGGAGCAGCUGCUUAAACACAACAUCGGGCAGCGCGUGUUCGGCCACUACGUGCUGGGCCUGUCACAGGGCUCGGUCAGCGAGAUCCUGGCCCGGCCCAAACCCUGGAGGAAGCUGACGGUCAAGGGGAAGGAGCCCUUCAUCAAGAUGAAGCAGUUCCUGUCGGAUGAACAGAACAUCCUGGCCCUGCGCACCAUCCAGGUCCGCCAGAGAGGAAGCAUCACUCCUCGCAUCCGAACUCCAGAAACUGGGUCAGACGAUGCCAUCAAGAACAUUCUGGAACAGGCGAAAAAAGAGAUCCAGUCCCAACGAGGGGCUGACAGCAAGUCCUCCCUGGGCGGCUCCUCUGGACGCAGUAGUGGUGGAGGAGGUAACUCCGAUGAGACCAUCAAGGGCAUCCUGGAGCAGGCCCGUCGGGAGAUGCAGGCGCAGCAGCAGGCCCUGCUGGAGAUAGAGGUGUGUGGCCGACCCUCCACCGCCGACCGCCUGGGCCCGCUCGAACCCUGCAGGGGCCUGCCGGGCGCCGUGCCCGCCUACAUCAAGCAGGAGGAGAGCGCCGGGUCGGUAGCGGCGGCGUGCGCAGCCGGCUCCGCGGGCGGGCCCCCGGCGCCGCUCAGCGUCCUCUCGCCGGCCGCCUUCGUCCAGAGCAUUAUACGCAAGGUCAAGUCGGAGAUCGGCGAGGCCGGCGCGUACUUCGACCAGCACUGGUCGGCCGAGCGGGGCCCGUUCCCUACGCCUCGUCCCUUCGGCUCUGCCUCCCCAUCGCUCUCCUCUUCCUCCUCCUCCACGGGGCCCUCGUCCCUGCCCCGGGCCUGGCCACGUGGAGAAAACAGCGAGGGCCUACCCGGCGCCGACGACGCCCUGAGCGCCGAUGAGGAGCCCUUGCUGAACCGGCCCGUGGAGGUGAAGGUGGAACCCGAGGCGCCCCUGAGCAGCGAGCCGCCCUGCGGAGGGGGCAGGGUAGGCUACUACCCCUCCUAUAUCCCCCGCACACUCAAACCCACGGUGCCGCCCCUGACCCCCGAGCAGUACGAGAUGUACAUGUACCGCGAGGUGGACACCAUCGAGCUCACCCGACAAGUGAAGGAGAAGCUAGCGAAGAACGGAAUCUGUCAGAGGAUCUUUGGGGAGAAGGUGCUGGGCCUUUCCCAGGGCAGCGUGAGCGACAUGUUGUCUCGCCCCAAACCCUGGAGCAAGCUCACCCAGAAGGGCAGGGAGCCGUUCAUCCGCAUGCAGCUGUGGCUUCUGGACCAGCUCGGCCAGGGCCUGAGCCAGCAGGCCGGCCACGUCCACGGCCAGGACAAAAGCCCAGUGACGGCCGGUUCGUCGCCGUCCCCGCCCCUGAGUCCCGAGGAGAGCCAGCCCGGCCUGGCCCUGGAGCCCGUCAGCCUGGCCCUGGAGAGCAGCAAGGAGAACCAGCACCCACACCCCCAGCAUGCAGAGCCCCUCAUGGGCAAACCCGGCGCGGGCACGCUGGCCGCCGCGCAGCCCCACGCCCCACUGGGCAUCCAGGAGCUGGUGGCCAUGUCCCCGGAGCUGGACACCUACGCCAUCACCAAGAGGGUGAAGGAGGUGCUGACCGACAACAACCUGGGCCAGCGUCUGUUCGGCGAGAGCAUCCUGGGUCUGACCCAGGGCUCCGUCUCGGACCUGCUGUCCAGACCCAAACCCUGGCACAAACUCAGCCUGAAGGGGCGCGAGCCCUUCGUCCGCAUGCAGCUAUGGCUCAACGACCCCCACAACGUGGACAAACUGCGGGACAUGAAGAAGAUAGAGAAAAAAGCCUACCUAAAGCGCCGCUACGGCCUGCUGAGCCCCGGCUCGGACGGCGACUCCCCCGGCACCCGCUCGGAGUGCGUCAGCCCCGGCCUGAGCCCCGCAGACCCAUGCCCCUUCGGCCAGGCCAAGAAGCCCCGGGUGGUGCUCGCCGCAGAGGAGAAGGAGGCGCUGAGGAGGGCGUACCUCCAGGAGCCCUAUCCGUCCCAGCACACCAUCGAGGUGCUGGCCGCCCAGCUCAACCUCAAAACCAACACCGUCAUCAACUGGUUCCACAACUACAGGUCACGGAUGCGGCGGGAGGUCCUCUUGGAGGGUCCUCAGGACAACGACGUGGACAUCGAGCCUCAAAGCUGCUCUCCCUCCGUGGCCUACAGCCCAACCUCGGACGUCGACGACAAGAGACAGGCCCCCCCGGUCCGUAGCAACGGCCCCGGGCCGCUCCCCGUCAAACAGGAGGCCGGCGAGCCGGAGGAGGAGGAGGAGGCCGAGCUUCACGCGCGGCAGGCCAGGUGCUCCUCCCUGGGCGUCCAGUUCCCGCAGCUGAAGGCAGAGAAAGAGGAGCAGGCAUCCGGCUACAGGGACGCGGCCCUACCCCCCGACUGCCCGCAGGGUCUCAGGGAGGACGAGGCAAGCAGCAGCGGCCAGACCCGGGGCCUCCUCACGGGGCCCCUCUCCUGCGAGGGCGCCCAGAGGAGCAGCCUGGCGGCGCGCGACGGCGAGGACGCCGACAAGUCGCCGGUGGACCCGGUCAGCUUCAAAGCCUCGUCGGAGCCAUGCCGCGGCAGCCUGGAGGUGUCCCUCAACUCCCCAUCUGCUGCUUCCUCGCCCGGCCUCAUGAUGUCCGUCUCCCCUGUGCCGUCCUGCUCCGCCCCCAUCUCCCCAUCCCAGCCCAACCCGCCCACGCCGGGCACCCACCCCGGGCUCGAGCCCCCGCCCGGGGCCGGCUACAGCGCGGAGCCUCCGUCGCUCCACGGCGGCAGACUCUGCAAGAGCACCCAGAGACGCAACGAGAAGAUGGCCAACCUGAACAACAUCAUCCACCGGCUGGAGCGGGCGGCCAACCGCGAGGAGACCCUCGAAUGGGAGUUCUAGGGGUCGCAGGGGGCGCUCUGCAAGAGGACUUUCCAGGAAUUCUCUCCAGGAGGUUCCCGCUCCCAAAGCCUGGAGCCAGGCUCCGACAUUCGGCGGUUUUGGGUGGGACCUCACAGGGCACGUGAGGGGAAGAAAAUAAACAGUGACACCCUCUGACUUGUCGACAAACAGAAUAGCUACCCGUCAAGUACUUUCAAAAAGAAAAAAAUAUUUCUAAACGUUUUAGGUAUUUUGAUAAAAGGAUCCUACUUUGAAUUAUGUUACAGCACUAGCUGUCGUGUUUGAAACAAAGGAAAGAAGCACUCGGGAGUGAAGACUUUGCAGCUAUGGUGUCAUGAAAUGCACACUGAAGUCCUGUAGAUUGCCACUGGGUGAGAUUAUUUCAAAUGAGACCUCUGUCUUAAGCCAUCAAAAAGCACUACUUAUUAAAAAAAAGACACUGACCAAAUUUGCUACUUUUUGAAUAGCAAUUUUUCAGAUUUUGUCUGUAAGACGGGACAGUUAAAGUCAAGUAAUGUGAGAACUUUACACUGACUGAGGGAUAGUCCUUUAAGACUCUAAAUAGUGAACAAUACGUAUGUACUUUGUUUCUUGGUGACCUGUUUUGGAACAUUUGUUACACAAGCGUAUAAUGUGUGGUUGUACGUGCUGUAGAAAUUGUCUGCAAUAGCCUUCUCCAAACAAGAUGUAGCAUGGUACUCAACUUACCCUUUUAUCCUCGAUAGUUAGUAACCUGUGAUAUACUUGAGCGAUAAAAAGUGAACAUGUUGGAAAAUUCAGCAAAAAAUAAGAAAAAAGGAAUUGUAAAAAAAGUUUUAACGAUAGAAUCUUUUCAGCGAACGUGUUUUAGCUUUGCUUUUCUGUUUAGCUUUUAUUUUUUUGGUUGCUCCCUCUUAAGGAUUUCUUUGAGGUUUACAAUAGGGCCCUUUGUGCACCUGGACGUCAGUGAGCCAUUCGCCACUUGUGAGCAAUGUCUUCGUCUUCACCAGUCCGUGACGCGCUGGUCUCACAGGCACGCGGGCCUCGCCAUCUCCAGCUCCGGACGCUGGAACAGCAAGCCUCGGAGUCCGCUAACGGAGAACUCGACGGGAUGGUCUGCUCAGCGGGAGGCGUCAGCAUGCCUGACCAUUUGUUCAUUUAUGUUAGGCACUGAUUCUUUAUCGGUUCAAGUCAUAGCUCCCUUGCUCUGUGUGUCAAACACCCAUUAGCACUUUGGGUUUAAGAAAAGCGCAUUAUAAAUCUAAAUUAUUAUUAGUAGUAGUAGUAGUAGUAGUAUUAUUUGCCCUUUCUGCGCCCCGUCUGUCCAGGCCUCCUGUUUGUGACUGUUUAACUCUGCCAUCACAUACACAAGCAGCAACUGCACUCUCUUAUACAGAAAUGCCUUUUCUGUCUCGCACUGACUGACAAGCCCGCGCGUUAGUGCCUCCGUUAGGGCUCGAGACCCUGCGCGUGUACAGCGGGGCACUCCAGAACGUCACGGUCGUUAACGAUGCGACUCGAAUGCGCGCCAGUGAGUUAUCCGGGACGUCUUCAUUUACCACGUUUUCCUACAAAGUAGUGAUCCCGAUAGUCACGGCUGACUAUUUAAAAUGCAAAAGUGUAAUUCUAACACUUCAGCCUUGAUGUGAAACACAUCGUAGGAUGGGGUUGAAAAGUGAUACAGAUGAAAUCUAACUCAUUUCAUUUGCAUUCAUUUCACUUAUUUUAUUUACUAUUUCACUUGAUGGUACUUGUUCAUUCCAGCUUUUCCAUCGCAGAAGAUUUUAUUUAAUUGAAUUUGAAUAAAAUAAACUGAAACACAAUUUAAAAAUAAGACAAGACAGAUAUGCUGAAAUGUUGGUACAUGAAAAAACUGGAGACUUUGCAAUCCUGCAUUCAGCCAACAGCUAAAAAGCUAAAACAAAAAUAAUACCACUAAGCUAAUAAUUUUUGUCACUUAGCACUGAUUAAAUCUAGAAAUAGGUCUAGUAUUUUGGACAAGCUGCUGCUGGUUAUUGAAAUACUGUUUUGAUUAUUAUUAUUUUUUAUGUAUUUCAUUAUAUUUGGACUGAUUUCUAAUUGAGCGUUUUCCAACUGGGUCAAGCAUUUUGUUUACUUCCUUUUCUCUUUCAAUAUGUAUAGGUCUUCAAUACCUCAUAUGAGAACUACUUACAGCACUUACCGUUGAAAAAAUGUGACGAUUUGAGUAAAAUUCAAGUACGGAAAUUAUUCUAACUUAGUGUUCCACAAGUCUUUGCCUUGUCGUAUUGUUAAAGUUGGUAGUAAACACUUGCACAUGUCUUACUAGUACUGAGGAUUGGAGUUAUAAACACAUGUAUAGAUAUAUAAAUAUUAAACAUUUACUGAGAAAUAAUAUCUUAGGGUUCUUGACACUAGUGUGCUGAUAUAUUUAAAUAGAGUGUACAGUUAUAUUAACCAAACAAACAGAGUCAGGCCUUGUCUGGCAAGCUUGCCCACAUUCUAGAAACUUCUCUCAGGGUAGUCUUGCUUCUUUAAGCUUUACAGAACCUGUCAGGUCACAUCACUGGUCAGCUUUAACUGUCCAUGACCACUGUUUGCUUUUCCUGGUACACGGAGGGAUUUCAUUUUCAGCCUAAUUUAACGGUGUCCCUUGAACGUUUAGAGCGGUUGGAACUGUUAGCUGAAUAGGAGAUGUGCAGAAAGUUCAAAUUGGGAUGAUGAAAUGAAUGAAUGGAGCUCAUGCUUCACAUACAGUUCUUUUCAGUCUUAUUUUGGUUUGUGUUUAAUUCAGAAAAUAUCUUGGCCAUAUCUAAUAUGUUCCUUUGCCACGCCAAAAAUACAGUUAAUCAAAACAAAAGUGCCAUGUAGUUAAAAGAAAAAUGAUAAUACUGGUACAGUUCAGAAACGACCUACGACAGAUUUUACUCCUCUUUGGGAAUUCUUUUUAGUGGAAUUCUUUUUAGUGGGAAUUCUUUAAUCCAGGUGUCUACUACACUCUUAAUUGCAUUAUGCCGUGCCCAGCAAAGAUGUUAUAGAAGCAGUAAACAUAUUGUCACCGGAAUGAGAUUACAUUUUCCUACAAUUCCAACAUCUGUUUUGAUUGCUGUCUUUAAGCCUUUGCUUUAGGUUAAUUUUUGCAUGCAGCUCGGUUACGUUUCCCUGGAAGAGAAAUAGUAUGAUGUCUUUUGUAUUAUGGAAGGAAACAAAGAAAAAACAGCACUUGCGUUUCUGUGGUUGGAGAACGAUUCCCUGCAUGCCAAAACUGAAAGAUACUUUGGUGGUGGAACAGAGAACCUAAGAAGUACGUUUGACAUGAAAAAAAGGUUGUUGUUGUUUUUUUUUUUUUGUUUUUUUUUGCUGUUAUUUUGUUGCUUAAGUGUUUUGUGUGCUCUCGUAUCUCAGAGUCCUGAAUACACUCUCAGAAGUAAGCUGUCGCAGCUUCAACAUUGUGAAGGCCUCACAUAAACACAAAACUGAGCAGAGAGCUCAUUCAGACUGGAAAUGUGCUUAUGGCAGUCUUAUGCAGGAGGCAGUAACUGCAUGUUCAGUUGUUCCUCUUUUGGGCUGCAAAACAAGAAGCUGGAGAACCCUGUAAGAGACACUACCCCCCCCUCCCUUUGUUGUGACAUUUUAAUAUUUUUGGCACACGUCUCACAUCACCUUAACGGGCAGAGCACUUAAGCUUUGAUUUUAGAGGGCAAGAAAAUGUCACAUGUCUUUUAA